AUGACCACGCUCAGAAACGCUGACCCCGCUGAAGAGUAUGGAGCGAGCAGAGGAGGCGUCUCGUCGCCUUUGGCUUCUGGGCCAGCCUGGUUCUCCGACAAGAAGGCGGGCGACAGCCUGUUGAGGGGAGCGCUGAACGGCUACCUGGGAGCGGUUUCGGCCAGCAUGCAGACCCCACACAGACGCGCUCAUCGGUCACGAGAAGACUCCCAGGCAGAGGCGAGAAGCACGGGACGGAAUGGGGAACGCAACACUUCAGGAGGGGCGCCUCGAGACCGGACAGAAGCCAACAACAAGGGUGGGGCCGUCUUCCUCGACCUGACAGUUUCCUCUUCCUCCGACGAAGACAGUCCAAACCGCACUCUGGAGCGACGCCUCCACGGCCAGUCGCAGUGUCGAGUCCCACCGAGCGGCGACAGAAGCUGUGGAGGCUCCGAAGAGGUGGAGAACGAGACAGGCCAGACGAACUCCCACCUGCGCAGUCUCUCGUUUCUGCGGCGCCGAAGAGCCGAGAACCCCGACGCGCGGCCCAAGUCCCCCGACAGAGGCGACGUGCGCACAGCUUUGCGCCUCCACGAGAAAGGACCCGACGAGAGCGGAGGAGAAGGAACAGAGCAAGCGGAGCAGGGUUCGGCGAGAAGGCGUCGCUCGGUGCGUGCCAAACGCUCGGGCCCGCUGCAGCCGGAGGGUUCGAAACGAACUCAGGCGGAUGUCAGGGAGAAGAAAAGACGCACGCUUGCCACAAGGCCAGAAGACACGGAAGAGACGGAUACAGCCAGGUCAGUGACAGAAAUCUUCGACGGGCGUUGCCGGCUAGGCAGUCAUGCUCAGUGCUGGGCCGACAAGUACGCACCCCAGGAGUUGGGAGACCUUCUGCAGCCCCCUCAAAAGGUCCAGCAAAUCGUCUCCUUCCUGAAGCCGUUUGCGCUGCCUUCGCCCGCUGCGUCUCCCCCUUCGUCUGCGGCGCAUGCACUCCACAGCAUCGACGCGCGUGCCGGGAGGGACUCUCCCGAUUUCUCUCCUGGCGAGCGAGGGGACGGCGGUUCACGGGCGCGGCGACCCGACGCUGCUCAAGGGCCUCCGUGUCCGUUAGUCUGCGUCAUUCAAGGCCCCUCUGGCUCUGGCAAGCGUUCCCUCGUCGCCACCGUUGCCGCCGCUCUGGGCCUGGCCGUUGUCGAGUGGGAAGAGGACGCUUCGGGCAUUCCAGAACGACAAGGAGGAAUACCUGACGAUAUCCCGACCUCUUCGCUCGGGGACUCCCUGCUUCUAUUUCUCUCGCAGGCCCAGUCGAAAGCGCCACUCGCCACUCUGACGGUUCCCCCUUCCCUAGGCGGGAUCCGCGAUCACGCGAGAGUUUCGAGCGGUCUAGGUACACCUCGGGAUGGCGGUGGAGGGGCCGGGAAGGCCGCAUGUUCACCGCGGGAGACCCAGAAGGCUCCGAAGCCCUCUGACGUUCCCGCCUGUGAACUUGCCUCUCGACCGGUUUCGAGGGAUCCUGCCGGCCGCGGAGUCGAGCCCCACACAUGCUCCGCAAAUCAGUCUUUCCUGUGCAAAUCGGCGGACCCGAGCGCGUCCUGCCCCGACACCUCCAGCUGUGGGAGGCUAGCCGCUGCUCAGGGGCAACCGCGGCACGUCGCUCUUCUGCGUCACCUCCCUGUCACACUUUUUCAGAGGUCCCCUGCGUUCGUCCGCAAAGCGUCGGCGUAUCUGGAAAAUCUUAUCUCUCAGCAUGCGUCUGGGCACAACACGCGGGGCGGCACGAGCGCAGACGGGAGCGCGCCUUCGCGGUUCCAGCCCCUUGUGAUCUGCAUCGGAAAUUCGCGAGAGGAGAGCCAAGGCCUGCAAAAGAUUCUUCCUGGCAACGCGCUGGGACAGGCAGGCAUUCUCCACGUGAAACUCAAUCCAGUGGCUACCACCAAGCUUCGGCAGUUUCUUCUGCGCGUGCUGAUUUGCGAGGGGAUUCUCUCAGCCCACGCCUCUCCGCAUUGUGCGGCUCUGCCAGCGAGCAAGGUCGCAGGUCUUCUCGCAUCCCUCCCGCCUUCUCUUGAUCUUCUCUCGAUUCUACAUCUCAGCAACGGAGAUGUUCGCCACGCACUCACGUCUCUCCAGUUUGCAGCCGCAGGCGCGUUGACGUCUGUGUCUCCUCGCCCGCAUCCUUCGUUCAGGGCCGUGCCUCGGGAAAACGAAUAUGCGCCCCGGAAAGGUGUGGAGGAGGCCGACGAGCGCGCGUCUUCCAGAGCGCUGCCAGUGGAGAAUCCGCCGCGGGAGAGACGCCGAAGAGACCAGCAGCCGAGCGCCCCAGUGGGCGCGAGCCGGCGUGCCAAGCCGGCAGAGACAGAAGCCACGGGGACAGAGGAGACAGCUCCGGAGCGUGCUGUGGGGCACGACACGGUUGAGAAGAGAGCCUCACUGGAAGGAGGAAAAGACGAACGAUGGGGGCUGUUCCACGCUCUCGGGAAAAUCCUGUACAACAAGCGCCUGCUUCGCCCGGAACAGCUUCAUCGCGGUCUGCCCAGCGAAAGUCAAGCAGUCGCAAGACCGGACAAAGCCCAAGCCGUCCGCGACUCUCCGACCUUCCCGUCCUCGUCUUUUGCUGGUUCCACGUUGUUUUCGUCUUUCGCUUCUCGAUCCUCGCCUUCAUGCUCUGCCACGUUUCUUCCUGCUGCGGAAGUCUCCAAACCGCCCUCCCCAGGAUCGGCCACGUCGACGAAAGCGGCCUGCGGGGCGCUCCCGGCGAGGUCCGCAGAAGCUCCUUCCGCGCCUGGCUUCACAUCGGACUGGUCGUGUGUGUGUCGCGUUUCGCCGCGCGGCGGCGGCGCACUGGUCACUGGCCCGAGAAGAGAGGAACGAACGCGACUUGAAGAACAAAGACUCCUCGGAAGCCUUCCAAGUGGCAGCACGGCGACAUCGCCCGAGGUAGCGCGGCUGCCUCCUGGGGUGGUUCUUGACGCUCCGCCUGAUCUCGAUCUCGCGGACCUCGAUGACAUUUUCGACGCAAUGGACUCUCUGUCGGAGCUCGACGGAGACGUCGGACCUCUGGCUUCUGCUCAACCUGUGCGGUGUUCUUCGACGUCUCCUCUCAACUCGUCGCUGUCUCUCGCUGCCUCGCACGCAGCUCCUCGUGCGUCUCCUGUCUCCCCUUGUUCGUCCUCGCCUCGUUCGCCUCCACUGCUUUCUUCUGCGCGGUGGCCUUCGCCCGGGCCUGUCUCCUCGCCUUCCGCGUUCAUCGGCGCCGCUCCUGCGCCCCCGGCCUCUGCAUCUCCUUCGUUGGCUGCUUUCUCGAAGCGCGAACAAAACUGGAACGCCGGGACCUCGCAACUCCCUCUCGCUCUGGAAACGUGUGCCCCGGUUCCGUCCCCGCCGAACGCCCACGCCUGCGGUGUACAGACAUCAGGGCAGGAGCCGCCGGAGGGCGCCCCGGAGAGAGAGCGCUGCGCGUGUUUGCUUUUGCUGCAGCGGGAAGAGGCGGCAGUGAAGCGCGAAGAAGCGAAGUGGACAGACGGAGGAGACAGUCGCCAUUCGUAUGCUCUCUUUGACGGACUCUGUUCUUCGUUCCUCUGGCUGCUCCCGCUUCACGCGAGAUCGCCGCUCACUUCUUCCUGCCAGCCGCCUGGCGAGAAUCCUCUGAUAUCUCCGUCUCCAUUCCCUCCAUCUGGUUCCCCCUCCCCGUCGCCUGCCUCGUCUCUGCGUUCUGGCGCUUCCCUUAGUUCCGUGGCUUCGUCGUCGCGGGCUGCUUCCUCGGCUGUCGUGGCACAGGCCCCCUGGAGCUUGUUGUUUCGGAAGACCACGCGGCCGGAACUUUAUUUCUCGCCGGAGAAGCUGCUGGAGGAGACGCCCUGCGACUUUGACCACUUUGUGCUUCUUCUCCAGGAGAACUUUCUCUUCUUCUUCUCAGACGUCUUUGACGUCGCCGCUUUGUCUGCACACCUUGCCGACGCGGAUGCACUCUUUGGGAAGGUCGGCUUAUAUUCGGGGUACGGCGCUGCUCGAAGCGGCGAAGGCGACCCAGGGACCCCGCACAUGUCCCGGCUCCGCGCCUGGUUCUUCGCCGUCGUCUCCAGCCGAGCCGUCCUCGACAGCAACACGCAUCCGUGCAGUCCGGGAAGCUGGCCGGAGCUCGGGGGGGUGGCGAGGUCCCGGCUGAAUUUUUUCUCCUUCAAAAAAAGUCGCGCUCUCAGUCUCCGGCGACAAAUGGCCACCCGACUUCAUGUCUGGUGUACAUACACCGCAGGAGUGCAACGCGGACUCGGGGACCUCCUCGUCCGGUUUCCCGUAGGUGACGCGCCUGCACGCCUAUCGGAGGGGAAUGACGAGGGCGCAGCGAUCCCGGGGAUCUGUGCCGACAGAGUUUCCAACCCUGUGAAUAUCGCGGCAGGCAACGCUGAGCGACAUCUGCGAGGCACCUGUUUGGGAGACAGUGGACACGCCGUCUCGUUUCGUCCGGGAAGUCUCAAUCUGCCGUUCGCUCCGCUGCCCUCUGCGGCGCCCUUCCAGCGGGAUACACCAUGCACACAAGGUGUACAUACACCCGAGUGCCGUCGCCCCUCGAGCAUGCCUAGCUCUGUCCUUGUCCCUCACCUUCCCUCGCCGACUGGGGCUUUCCCGAAGCGUCGGUGUGGAGGUAGCGACAUUCUCCCAGUCGCUAGGCAGCCCGUUGUGUCGCACAUGGCGGCAGGAAGGGGGUCUGUCGGAUUCGAGGGGACCAAAGAGGGUGGACGGAGCCCUAGGUAUAUGGGCGGGUUGUGGCGCGGCAUGAAUGGCGUUCUGGGGUUGUCAGCUUCGCGUUUUUUCACGGAAGUCCUGCCGUACGUUACAAAUCGGGCGAGAGCGAUGCAGCGAAGAGACAAGGGGUCUGCAUGGAGCGCGACGCAGAGUGGACCACGGCGAGGCGUCGGGCGAGCAGGCGGCGCGGUGUCUGUACACCCGGAGCAAGCAUCUGGCAGGUGUCUGUGGCUGUCUAGAUACCCGCAGCAACCAGAGAACGAGGUCAGUAGAAGGACGCGGGAAGUGGAAGGAGACGAUGGAGACGGUCAAGACUUGUUCAGUCGGGGUUGUUUGGACUUCCUCUGUGGCAUAGAAGCGCCGAUUUUGGAGAGGCUCAGGCGCAGUGGCAGCUGGGACAAAAGGGGAGGCUCUAGCGGAUUUCAGCGGUCUUUUGGAACAGAGCAGCCGCACGCACAAUGUCAAACGUUAAGCAUGGACGGUGAGGACGAGGAAGAGGACCCCGACCCCACUGAGGCACUGCUGGAAGCUUGGGGAGGCUACCUGCCUCUGCCGGCGUCUCUCCUGUCGGGCAGAGGCCUGCUGAGUGGUGUACAUACACCCGGCCAACAGACAGACAGGGAAAGCAGAGUUGGCGAGUGGACGGCUGGGCUGCCUGCUUCAGGAUACGCACAUUCUGCAGUCGAACACUCCACAGCGGAGCCAGGCUCGCCUGGUUUCUCAGGACCGAGGCCACAUUCAACUCAUUUUCAGCGCGGAAGUUCAGAAAACGGGGGCGUAGAACAAAUCGCGAACGCAACCGAAGAUGACAUUGAAGAAGCGUGA